AUGAUAUGGAGGCUGCAUGUUCGACAGGAUCCUCUCCCAUCCAGGAUCCUUCAGAAUCCAUUCCAAACUCUGGAAGUGUGUUCCAUUGAGCGGCUGCUCCUCUCAUUGUCCCAACAACAGACCGCCCAAAGGGAGUCUCAGAACUGGCCGUCGGCUGAAAAACUGGGAUCGUGGUGGCACCGGUUCAACGCAUGUGGCACCGGUUUAAUGCAUGUGGCCAAAGGCCAGCUGUCUCUUCAAGAGUUGGAUGCCAUGACAGAUCACUUGUGCCCUUUUGGUAGCCGUCAGCCUGGAUCCAUCAGGCAACAACAACAUAUGGACGGACGGAACUGGAGAAUUUGCAACUGA